AUGGUGAAUGUAUCAAUUAUUUCAAAAAAGAUUAUCAAACCCUUGUCUCCCACCCCAUCUACUCAAAGAUUGCACAAGCUUUCCCUUGUUGAUCAAGUGGUGAGUCAUAGUUAUAUACCCCUUGUUUUUUUCUACACCAAAGCUACCAUCCCAAAUGGACCUAAACAACUAUCACAACUCCUAGCAAACUCUUUGUCAAAAACAUUAACUUGUUACUAUCCAUGGGCUGGGAGUCUGAAAGAUAAUGCCACCAUUGACUGUGAUGAUCAUGGAGCUGAGUUCUUUGAAGUUCAAAUAAACUCUCCCAUGGACAAAAUUGUUUAUCACCCCGAUUCACGUAUCAAAGACUUGACAUUUCCUCAAGGUACACUUUGGGGGAGUUGUAUUGGUCGUGCCUCGACUGUUGCUCAACUCAGCCAUUUUGAGUGCGGAGGAAUAGCACUUAGCGUUUGCGUGUCACACAAGGUGGGAGAUGGAUGUAGUGCUUACUACUUCUUGAGGGAUUGGGCUGCAUUAACGCGGAACCCUAAUGCAAAAUUAGCUCCAUUCUUUGUUGAGGAUUCCCUCAUACCAUCACCCUUUGAUGGUCCUCUUGUCUUCCCAUUGGUUGAUUCAAAACCGGAAGAAGGUAUCCAAAAGAGGUUUGUUUUCUCUGCCUCUAAGAUAAGUACUCUCAAAGCCUUGGUUGCUCAUGAAUCUGGAGUAACAAAUCCAACGAGGAACGAGGUGGUCAAUGCACUUCUCUAUAAAUGUGCUGCCAGUGCUAAUGACAACUCGGGUUCGUUCAAGCCAUCUCAGUUGAUCCAGUGCUCAAAUUUACGAGCAUCAAUGUCACCUCCUCUACCACCAACCUCUAUUGGGAAUAUCCUCACCGUAUUUUCCACACCAAUAUAUCACGAAGAACAAGACCUCAAAUUGCCAAAAUUAGUAGCUGAUAUAAGAAAGUCCAAAGACAACCUCUCGGGCAGAAAUAAUGUGGAACAAAAUGAGUUGGUUUCGGAGAUGCUGGAUGCAUAUAGAAACGGAGAAGCGCCAUACCAGCAAAGGAGCUGUGAUGUGUACACUAACACUAGCUUUUUAGGGUUCGAAUUCGAGAAACUAGACUUUGGAUGGGGGAAACCUGCUAGAGGAAGCAUAGCAAGUGGUCCAGCUAACAAGAUCUUUAUAUUAAUGAAUACACCUGAUCGCAGAGGAGUUGAAGCGUUUGUGAACUUGAAUGAACAAAACAUGUCUGCCUUCGAGAAUGACAAGGACCUUCUCCAGUUUGCUACUCCUAUUGAGCGGGCACAUAAUUUAUUAUGA